UGCCGUGUGUAGCUGGAGAAACAAGGCUGGCAGGGCAGGCUUCGUCACUGAACCUUCUGGAAUCUUCUCACCUGCACCAUGAAUGUCUCUCACUUCCUGGCCUUAUUGCUCCCAGGAUCCCCACAGGGUCAAAACAGGAGCAGGUCAAGGAGCAUUCCGUACAACUUCUCAGACCACUGCCAGGAUUCUGUAGACCUGAUGGUCUUCAUUGUCACCUCUUAUAGUAUUGAGACUGUUGUGGGGGUCCUGGGCAACCUCUGCCUCAUAUGCGUGACUGUGCGGCAGAAGGAGAAGGCCAACGUGACCAACCUGCUCAUUGCCAACCUGGCUUUCUCUGACUUCCUCAUGGGUCUCCUCUGCCAGCCGCUCACGGCCAUAUACACCAUCAUGGACUACUGGGUCUUUGGGGAGACCCUUUGCAAGAUGUCGGCCUUCAUCCAGUGCAUGUCGGUGACAGUCUCCAUCCUUUCGCUUGUCCUUGUGGCCCUAGAGAGGCAUCAGCUCAUCAUCAACCCAACAGGCUGGAAGCCCAGUGUCCCCCAGGCCUACCUGGGGAUUGUGAUCAUCUGGCUCAUCGGCGGCUUCCUCUCUCUGCCCUUCCUGGUCAACAGUGUCCUGGAGAAAGUCUUUCAUAGGAACCACUCCAAGGCUGUGGAGUUUCUGGCAGAUAAGGUGGUCUGUACCGAGUCGUGGUCACUGCACCACCACCGCAUCGUCUACACCACCUCCCUGCUGCUCUUCCAGUACUGUGUGCCCUUGGCCUUCAUCCUGGUCUGCUACGUGCGCAUCUACCAGCACCUGCGGAAGCGGAGGCGGAUGUUCCGCAAGGGCACCUAUAGCUCACGGGCAUGGCAGAUGAAGCGGAUCAAUGGGAUCCUCAUGGCCAUGGUGGUGGCCUUCGCCGUGCUCUGGCUGCCCCUGCAUGUGUUCAACAGCCUAGAGGACUGGUACCACGAGGCCAUCCCCAUCUGUUACGCCAACCUCAUCUUCUUGGUGUGCCACCUGCUUGCCAUGGCCUCUACCUGUGUCAACCCUUUCAUCUACGGUUUUCUCAACAACAACUUCAAGAAGGAGGUCAAGGCCCUGGUGCUGACAUGUCAGCAGAGUGCUCCGGUGGAUGAAUCCGAGCAUCUGCCCCUGUCCACAGUGCACACGGAGGUCUCCAAAGGCUCUCUGAGGCUCAGUGGCAGGUCUAACCCCAUUUAGUCUGGUUUACGGCUUCUCCCUGCCAUGUCCAUUGCUAAGCUGUCUCACUCAGCUAAGUGAGCCAGUUGCAUCAUUACUGGCAUCGUUAGGGCAUUCUGGUGGCACUCCA